AUGCGUCUGUCAACUGUCUCUACUGGUCUGCUUGUAGCUGGCUCUGCCACAGCUAGCCUCGAAAAGCGGGCUCCCCUUUUCACACGCGAUGAUACUGGUAUCGAGGGAAAAUACAUCGUCAUGAUGAAGCCGGCAUCGGAUACCACAAUGCACGUUGAUUCAGCCGUGAAAGCCGUUGCUGCCGAGCCCGAUAUGGUCUUUGACACUCUUGGUGGAUUCUCUGCCAGCCUAUCAGCCGGUGAGGUGGAGGACUUGCGCAACAACCCCAACGUGGCCUACAUUGAGCAAGACUCAACAGCCAGGAUCUCUGCUACACAGAAGCAGGCACCCUGGGGUCUUGCGAGACUUUCAAGCAAGACUACUGGAGCAACACGAUAUUCGUAUGAUUCAUCAGCUGGCAAGGGAACGUGUGCCUACGUUCUUGAUACUGGCAUCGACACAGAGCAUCCCGAUUUUGAAGGUCGUGCCGAGUUUAUCGCCACUUAUGUUGACGACAUCUGGUAUGAUGACCACGGCCACGGCACUCACUGUGCCGGCACCAUCGGAUCAAAGACAUAUGGAGUCGCCAAGAAGACUCAACUUUAUGGCAUUAAGCUCUUCAACUCUACCGGAGAAGGAGUUGCAUCCUCUAUCAUUGCUGGCAUGGACUUGGUCCUGAAGGAUGCCCCCAAGAGAGACUGCCCCAAGGGCGUUGUCGUCAGCAUGUCUUUCGGAGAGAUUCCCUCCAAGGGUAUUGACGAUGCUGCCAAGGCUCUCGUCGAAGCCGGCUUCUUCGCAGCUGUGGCUGCCGGAAACGGUGACGAGAAAGGCAGGCCCUUGGAUGCCUCGAGCAACUCACCCGCUAGGGAGCCCAGCGUCUGCACCAUUGGCGCAACAACAAAGGACGACACUGUUGCUACCUUUUCCAACUUUGGCAAGGUCGUUGACCUCUACGCUCCCGGUGUUGCUGUCUUGAGCACAUGGCCUGGAGGUAUUACAAAGUCUAUCUCCGGUACAUCUAUGGCCACGCCACAUGUUGCUGGAGUUGCGGCUUACUUCCUUGGUCUUGGAAAGUCGGCGGCCGGUAUGUGUGAAUAUCUUCAGAGUAUUGCACUUAAGGAUGUUGUUAAGGGAGUCCCUGAAGGAACUAAGAACCUUCUCCUUCAGAAUGGCAAGGCCAAAUAA